AUGACUGUGAUCGAGGACAUUUUCUUGAAAAAACAGUUUGAGAUGCUUGGUGACUAUGGCUCCCUUAACAAUUAUGCGAUUUUGGUGUUCGAUUCUAUGGCGAAUUCCGGCAUGCCUGACGAAGCCAAAGAGCUCUUUAAGCCUCGCUCUGAGUUGGCCGUGCUGCCUGAUGUGGCUGUCUUCACCAUUGUCAUUCGAUGCUAUGCCUAUGCUGGAAAGACCAAGGCUGCUCUCAGGGUGUACCACCACAUGUUAGCCAGUGGUGUCGCCCCCGCCUCGGUUACUUACUCUAUACUCAUCACGGCACUUGCAAAAGACUCACCUUCUGAUGUCACUUUCGUUGGGUAUGCCAAGAAGUACUUUUUGGAAAUGUUGGAUAAGGGAAUGAAGCCCCAUUCUGCCUCCUACACGACUGUGUUCGACGCCAUUGCCUGCCGGGAGUCAGUGGAGAAGGCCAGGGAGUUCCUUGAGCAGAUACAAGCAAAGGGGUUUGUCCCUGAGUCCAAAAUUUUUCAGUUUGAAGAAACCCACCUUGCAGAAGCAAUGAAGGGAAUGAAGAUGUAUGAUGAUCUUGUCAACAAUACCACCGACAAGAAUGUGCAAAAAGUAUUCCGCACGUGGCGCACCAAGCCGGGUUGCCUCUACAAAAAGUCGUUGAAGAUGUACAAGGCUUUGAUUGAGGAUGGCAGUGCAGACCAGGCCAUGGAGCUUUAUAAGCGCGUUGUUGAGAUGGGUAUACAGCCCAUGGUUGUAGUCCACACCUCCGUUAUUGAAGCCUAUCUCAAGUUUGGCAAGACCAAGGGUGCUCUGGGGGCGUACUGGGACAUGUUAGCUGCUGGGGUUGCCCCAAACUCCUACACUUACACUAUUUUAAUCAAGGGACUCACUGCUGACCCCAACUUCUCUGGAGAUGCCAAGAAGUGCUUGCUUGAGAUGAUGGACAAGGGGAUGAGGCCUAAUGCUGCUACCUACACUGCUGUGAUAGAGAGCUUUGCAAAGCAAGAGGAUGAGGCAUCUGAGAAGGAGUGCAAAGAGUUGGUGGAGGUGAUGAUGGGUAAGGGGUUUGUGCCAAACGCAAAGGCUAUGAUGGAGGUUCUAAAGGGAAGGCCAACACCAGUAAUAAGAAGGGUCAUGAACAUUGUUCUUUCCAAGUUGAAGGGCUGA